AUGGCUUUACAACGAGCCAGACGCAAAAAGAAACAAAAGAAAAUGGUUGCAACGGACAAUGAUCAGGAGACCACACCAAAACUGAGUCGUGCGCAGAAACUAGCUCUAAAGAGAAAAGCCCAGAGGGACAAAGCUUUGGAGGAGCGCGAAGGUGGGGGAGAGGUUCAGUACGAGCGCGUGCAGUUCGGCGAAGUGGCGCACGCACCGCCUGCUCUGCUUGUCAAGCCGAGACGAUCCAAGAACGAACAGGGCGCACCUCGGGAGCGCGAAGGUGGGGGAGAGGUUCAGUACGAGCGCGUGCAGUUCGGCGAAGUGGCGCACGCACCGCCUGCUCUGCUUGUCAAGCCGAGACGAUCCAAGAACGAACAGGGCGCACCUCGGGAGCGCGAAGGUGGGGGAGAGGUUCAGUACGAGCGCGUGCAGUUCGGCGAAGUGGCGCACGCACCGCCUGCUCUGCUUGUCAAGCCGAGACGAUCCAAGAACGAACAGGGCGCACCUCGGCCGGGCCGGAGGGAUCUGUUGCUGAGCGCUCUACUCGCAGGCAAGAACAGCGAGAACAGCAAGAACAGUAAGAUCAUGGAAACCGUUACAAACAAAGGCAAGAUUAAAAAAAGCAAGAAGGAGAAGUUGCCAGCAGUGGAGUUGGAACGUCGUGAGCGAGCUCGCCUGGAUGCGGUCGCCGCAUACCGCGCGCUGAAAAAACAGAAGACGCCGCGCCUCACGCACACACACACCAACCUGCUCAUCUAA